AAGACUUCACUUCCGGCUAAGAAAGGAAGGAAACGGAAAGGGGCGGGGACAAGAUGGCGGUGCCUAUGAGGAUUCAGAGUGACUGGGUUCAAGCUCUCAGGAAGAAUGAAGGGGAAGCUUGGCUGAGCUGUCAUCCCCCAGGGAAAUCAACUUUAUAUGGCAAACUCAUUUGCCAGGGAAUUGGCCCCAGUGGGAUCCCAGAGGUCACAGCUUCAGAAGGAUUUGUUGUAAAUGAAAUUACUAAGAAAAGCAUUCACAUUUCAUGUCCAAAGGAGAAUACUUCUACCAAAUUCUUGGCACCAUAUACCACCUUUUCCAGAAUUCAUGGAAAGAGUAUAACAUGCCUGGAUAUUUCUAGUGGAGGAGGCCUUGGGGUAUCCACCAGCACUGAUGGGACCAUGAAAAUCUGGCAGGCAGCUAAUGGGGAAGUCAGAAGAAUACUGGAAGGACAUGUAUUUGAUGUGAAUUGUUGCAGGUUUUUCCCAUCAGGCCUUGUGGUUCUGAGUGGGGGAAUGGAUGCACAGGUGAAGAUCUGGUCAGCAGAGGAUGCCAACUGUGUGGUGACCUUCAUUGGUCACAAAGGAGGUAUUUUGGAUACAGCUAUUGUUGAUAGAGGAAGAAAUGUGGUUUCCAGCUCUCGAGAUGGGACUACUCGGCUUUGGGAUUGUGGACGAUCAGCCUGCUUGGGCAUCGUUGUGGAUUGUGGUUCUCCUAUAAAUGGCAUUGCUGUGGGUGCAGCUGACAACUCAAUAAAUCUUGGCUCCCCUGUGAAAGUUCCCAGCGAACGGGAGAUUGGAACAGAAGGGAAGAUGCUGCUUUUGGCUCGGGAAGAUAAAAAGCUCCAGUGUGUGGGAUUAAGAAGCAGGCAACCGGUGUUCCUCUUUGUUGGCUCAGAUGCUUUCAAUUGCUGUACUUUUCUCUCUGGCUUUUCUGUCUUGGCGGGGACUCAAGAUGGAAACAUAUAUCAGUUGGAUACAAGGAAUACAAGGGGUCCAGUUCAGGUUUUUCAUCAAUCAGGAGCUCCAGUACUGUCUCUUUUGACCUACCGAGAUGGAUUCAUUGCCAGCCAAGGUGAUGGGACCUGCUUCAUUAUGCAGCAGGACUCGGACUAUUUCAUUCAGUUGACUGAGGCUGACUGUGAUCCUGUGUACAAGGUGUCCACAUGGGAGAAGCAGAUCUACACCUGCUGUCGAGAUGGUCUUGUGCGCCGAUAUCAGCUCUCUGAAAUCUGACCUCUCAAAGAGUUGUGAUGGGUUAGAAACCAGAAUCCUUCAUCAUCAGGGAGCUGAGACCCCAUUAACUUCACGGGACCAUAGACCCUCCACACUUGGCACAUAUAGCAUGCUACGGCUCUGCUCACAGGGCCAGAAAGACCCUCAGUAUUGUCCUUCAUGUGAUCUUUGGCUUGUUGUUUCAGCCCGCACAGAGAGUCACUUGGAUCUGACCAAACAUGUAGUUUCUCUCUGUAUUACCAUCCACUCCUUUCCCCUUUCACCCCCAGUCAGCAGAUCACUCCCCACCAUUCAAUGUUAACUGAGCUUCAGGGAUGCAGAGGGGGAGGUCUUCUCUUGUAGGACUUCAUUCACUGUGUGUUCAGUUUUUUGAAACAUCAAAUCCAUAGAAUGUGCCUACAGAACCAGAGACUCAAAGCCAGCCCCCCACAGAGGAAAUAAAGAAGCAUUUGAAGACA